AUGCGUGUCAAGAACUUGCAUGACUACAGAUCCAAAAAAUGGACAAGCGGUUCACUUCAAGAGUUCAUCCCAAAUCAAUCGCCUUGUAACAGUGGAGUGUUUGCUAUCGAAGAUGUACAAAGAAUGAGUUUGAUUGACAUUCAUUUUGGUAAUAAUGAUAGGCACCAUGAGAACAUCUUGAAAUCCCAACACGGAGGCCGUUUAGAAUUGGAUGAAAUCAAUUCUGUUUUUCAUUACAAAAUCCGAACCAAGGUACUGAAAACGGGUGUUGCUAACAAAUAUGUUCCGACUGAUAUUGCAAGACUCAUGGUGAAAGCCUAUGAUGAUAAGAAAGAGAACUCAGAUUAG